ACGAGGCUGCCUCUUACACUAUCUCAUUACGUAAAAAGUAAGGUUUGCUGCUCCAACAUGCACGCUCGCAGGGAAUUACUCGUAUUUUGGCUACUUUCGUUUGUACCAAUCAUUUUAACUCAAGGAUACGGACAGGACCCGACUGGCGGCGAGAACUGCCGAGUUGUGGGAUGUGGAACGAAUGCCUACUGUACUAACGACUACAACAACCGCGUCACCAUGUGCAGGUGCAGAGUGGGUUUCGAGAUUUCGUCUACAAACACAUCUAACUGUGUGGAUAUUUACGAGUGCAGUCACCGCGAAGUGUGCGAACAUGGGGAGUGUAUCAACACAUUUGGCGGGUUUCACUGCAGAUGUUUCCCCGGAUACAUACCUGCCGCUGACAGUACCUUUUGUCUCUUGGCAGACUGGGCUCCACAGACUGAUCCAUGGGCUGAUUUCUGGGGAUUCAUGGGACCAAGCAGCAAACAAAGCGAGCCAGCUUUCGACUACAACAACCCGUGGGGAUACAACGGUCCGCUGAGCCCCAACUACAUCGACAGCAGUUAUCAUGCCCCGUCGAAUUACCAAGACCAGGGGAGCAAAUACACCAUCCCAUCGAGAGGCCCUUCGGCUGCCAACAACAGAGACAUGUUUGGAGCAUCACAGCAAAACAGCGUCCAGCAAGGAAGAGGUUUAGACCGUGCUUCACAGUACCUUCCCCAGGGUCAGUCUUUCGUUGAUCCUAUGACUCAGGGAAAUACCAACACUCAAGGGUCUGGCUUCACCACGAAACAGGAUCCGUGGCUGACGUCUAGUUUCUCAGACACUGUGAAGACAUCACUGAUGGAGCCGCAUGUCCUGGAUCCAGCUGUAACGGGGAGCUCUACUGGACUAGAUCCUUGGAAUACUCCAACAAAUCCUCAAGGACCUACACAGUCUGGAAAGUCCACAUCGUUUUCGACCGGUCCCACUCUGUCCACGGGGGCGUCAGGAGGUGGACUACCAGUCAACACUCUGGACACUGCUGCUUCCAAGCAGUGGGCUAACGACCCGUGGAACACCCAGACCAACCCACUGGAUCCUCUGGGUCAAUCCCAGGUUGUAGAUGUACCGCAGACUCUUCUGACCGAGGGAACGAUUGACCGACACAUGGGAAUUGACAAAAACACUCUGAACUCCAACAGUAUUACGUCUGGAGCCGCCGCCGUCCCUCAGUCGUCCAACUUCCCGCGAGAUCCCAACUCCAUUUCGUACCAGAAGGAUGCGCAGUGGCUCAAUUUCGGACAGUCUAGCGUCAACUCGGAACCCGCUGUGAGGACAACGUGGGAAGCGACGUCACCCAUGUCUCGGAAGCAGUCGAGCCAGACCUCUGUAAGCGCAACAUCACAGAAUCAAGUGGCAUCCAAGAACGCUGAACUGAUGCCACCGCCAGACAAUCUAACUGGUCACCCCUUGUUGCUCUAUCUCAUAUUGCAAAACAUGUGGCAAUAGGUGGAUCAAAUACACAUUUAGGCUUAGUUUUCAUUGACACAUUAUUAUUUUAUUUUUUGUGGGACCCAAAUCCAUAAAUAUUACGUCAUUCUUGGGCAUGCCAUUUCAUCUUCAGCUAUGUUUGAACAAUAAUUUGCAAGUGAUUUGACUGAGAAGCACAUUGAAUUGGUCAGGGAUAAUUUGUUACUGUACAUUCUUCAAACGUUCAUAAGAAAAUAAGUGAGAGGGCCAAUAUCAUGUGUAUCAGGUAUCAGGUGUUUGUUUGUUGCUGUCUUUUUUUUUUUGCUGUCUUUUUUUUUCUUUCCUUUUUUCUAGGUUUUGCAGAAGUCGUAGUAACAAUAAGAACUUAUUACACACAAUUGGUGAAGUAUUUUGAAGUAGAGAGAAAUAAUAUAAGCUAUAACAAUGAGGUCAAUAGGUGAAGAAUGAAUCGCAUACCAUCAGUUUCGUUCUUUAACAAAAUCCCUCCAACGGAAAGGUACUACAGAGGUGCGCACUGCUGGGGGGAAAAAAACAAAAACAAACAAAACAACGCGUCAAUGAAAACUAAGCCUGAAACGGGGGAUUAAUAUCGGAUACAUCCUCGUCUGAUAACAACAGGUACACAAUUAAAUAUAUAUUGUCAUAAUGUCACAUACUGUACACACACACACACACACACACACACACACACACACACACACACACACACAUGAGACUGUUAAUCAUACCAGACAUAUACAGAUAUUGUUUGAUAACACCAAACAAUAUACACGUGUUGUGUGGCAAAUUAAUUGGGUACAUAUUGUUCACAAUUCUUCUCGUAUAAGCGUGUUGAAUAAUACCCUACACGGAACACGUGCUGUUUGAUAAUAGUUAAUACCAGACACGUAACUCGUUGUUAAAUGAUGUCAGGUAAGAGAAUACCUGGAAUUUCUGUGUAUAAUAUUAAGAAGCCCGGGUUAUCGUGCACUGAGUCUACAGGAUUGGUGUAAUUAUUUACAAAGAGGCGUCCAAAUGGAUGUGCAUAGAAUAAUAUUUGAAGUAUGGAACUGUUAAUAUAUUUUUGAUAUGGCUCAAGUUAUUUUGAAGAGAAGCCCAGAUAAGUGUCUAAAUAUUUAAGUUAACAUAGACAAAUAAACUGUAUAAUUUUAAUUGUUGGUUGCAAGGCCUUUUUCAGACAGUGUUAACAUAGACAAAUAAACUGUAUAAUUUUAAUUUUUGGUUGCAAGGCCUUUUCCAGAAACUGUUAAUAAAUCUCACUGAACUAAAUUAUAUUUAUAUUUGCUGAUGCGUGUUAACUAACAAAACGUAAAAGAGUAUAUAAAAACAAGAAUAUUUAUUAUCGAAAAUGUUCAGUAACUGAAUUAUGAAUAAACGAAAAUCCGAACAAAACAAAAAGCUGGAGAAUAAUUGAACGAAACUUUUACGUGUUUAGCUAUUGAACUGUGCAACAUCUGAAGACUUUAAAAAUUGAGAUCUAGUGAACAAAACUAUUAUAAUAUUAUAAUAUAUGGUGUCUUUAAAUGUUGAACAAUAAGUGCAUAAAUAUCGGAGAUUUUCAAACAUUGAACAACAGGCGAACAAUAAUUAGCCGUUCCCAAGCAUUGAAAUGUAUAGAAAAAAAACGUUUGAAGAAAUGAAAUAUUGAAAUGUACAUGGACCAUUUGACUCUUUAACUGUUUCACUUUAAAUUAACGAAAUGUCGGAUCUUGAUAUGCUUAAUUGUACAUUUGACAUCUGAGUCUACUGUUUGUCGGUGGAAAUAUCGACCGUAUGUAUUGUAAUAAAGAUACAAAUGUUA